ACCAAACUUGACAGGAGUUUGUACAACCAGCCAGCCGGCGGUAGCUGAAGGAAUCUGGGGGACACAUCGGGCUGGCCAGUGAGUCAGUGAGGAGUGUUACUCUUGGAUCCAGCCUUCACCUCAGCGGGAACAGAGACUUCUAUCGGCAGUGGAAACGGGAAACCAUGAUGGCAGUCCUGGGCAGCGCCGGUCGCUUGAUCCAAUUUGCCAGGAGCAGCGUCGGUCUGAGUGUAAGGAGACGCUCCACUGCUGCUGCUUUAGCCCAGACUGUGACUCCAGAAACACAGGAGAACAGGAAACCUAAGACAGGCAUAUUGAUGCUGAACAUGGGAGGACCCGAGAAACUAGAAGACGUUCAUGACUUCCUGCUGCGGCUCUUCAUGGACACAGACCUGAUGAAACUCCCUGUGCAGAAUAAGCUCGGCCCAUUCAUCGCCAAACGACGCACACCAAAGAUCCAGGAGCAGUACAGUAAGAUCGGAGGGGGCUCGCCAAUCAAACACUGGACCUCCAUGCAGGGGGAGGGCAUGGUGAAGCUGCUGGAUGAGAUGAGUCCUGAGACAGCUCCUCACAAGUUCUACAUCGGUUUCCGUUACGUUAACCCGCUGACGGAGGACGCCAUCGAGGAGAUGGAGAAAGACGGAGUGGAGAGGGCCGUGGCCUUCACACAGUAUCCUCAGUACAGCUGCUCCACCACAGUGUUUUGCAGAACACAUCAGUAACGAGCUGCUGAAGUUUCCGGAAGAGAAGAGGGACGACGUUGUCAUUCUGUUCUCAGCACACUCGCUCCCUAUGGCUGUUGUAAACAGAGGGGACCCUUAUCCUCAGGAAGUGGGAGCCACAGUUCAGAGAGUCAUGGAGAGACUGGGACACUGUAACCCUUACAGACUGGUGUGGCAGUCCAGAGUGGGGCCCAUGCCGUGGCUCGGCCCCCAGACGGACGAGGUGAUUAAAGGCCUGUGUGAACGAGGGAAGAAAAACAUCCUGCUGGUGCCCAUCGCUUUCACCUCCGACCACAUAGAGACUUUACACGAGCUAGACAUCGAGUAUGGACAGGUGCUAGGGGAGGAGUGUGGAGUGGAGAACAUCAGGAGAGCAGAGUCAUUGAAUGGGAAUCCUCUCUUCAUGAAGGCUCUGGCAGACCUGGUCCAGUCCCACCUGAAGUCCAACCAGCCCUGUUCCCGCCAGCUGACCCUCCGCUGCCCGCUGUGCACCAACCCCAUCUGUGGAGAGACCAAGGCCUUCUUCGCCAGUCAGACACUCACAUAGAAACGCAGACACACUCUGGGGCCCUUCCUGCAGCAGUGCUACCUGUGAACGAACUGAAGGCCUUCUCCAAUAACCAGAAGGCUCCUACACACACAAACACACACCGUCCCUCCAGCAAGAGUGUCAGCUACAUAGAAAGCAUAACAUGAAGAACUUUCCAAAUGGUUUCUGUAAAUAUAUUUCAAUGUUUGUUUUAUUGUUCCUACAUGGUGGACGGGGGGAGUUAAAUUUAUCUUUAUGGGAAAAUAAAAAUGCAUUUUGUAAAUCAUACUUUAAUAAUCUGAGGAAUAGGCAGACAGUACAAUUCAUUUGUUUUGGUCCUCUUAUGGGAUUUGUAGGCAUUAAGAAUAACAGACUUUUAAAUGGAUCAAAAUAAUUACUAUAUGAUUUAAAAAUAUGUAAAUAGCAUCAAUAACACAAAAUAGUGAUCAAAACUUAAAAUGAACCUGCUGGCAGUAAUAUGCCCUUAACACUCACUUCAGAUUACCUGACUAUUCUGGAUUCAGUAAAUAUCUCCCAACCGCCACACCACACAGAUUAAAACAAACGCCCUUGUAAGGGUUUGCAGAUUCCAUUUGGUGAAAGUCGAUAACUGACACUGCGCGCAUCACAUCAAAGCUCCAGGAAAGAAAAGCCUUGCACUAUUUUUUUUUUUGCUUUGUUUUGUUAUUUUUGUGUUUUUUAUGAUUACAGCUCCCUUGCAAACAUUCCAUUCACUUAGCCCGUGCAAAACCACCCCGUUUCUCUUCUUGCUGGUGCUAAAUGAAUAACAGUCAUUCUCGAUAACAACAUCACACACAAGGGAUCUGGUUGGUUGGCUGUUUCUCCCCCCACCGCCUUCUCAUCUGUCGCUUCGCGCCAUUGGCCCACCAGUCCACCCAUCCUGCUGCAAUCCUUACAAUGUGAUUGGAGGAUGUUGGCGCGCCUUAAAGUGCUGCUGCACGGUCACACAUUCGCAAACACAUGCGCUCAACCACACACACAUCUUUGCUAUUGGUUGAGGCUGUGACUUAGCCGGUCAUAGGUCGCCUGAAUCUGAACUCCACGCGAAGAAAAGCUGCAAAUUUGUGCAUGUGUGACCGUACCCUGUGAGAGGGAAAAAAAGAGCGAUUUAGAAGGAAUUGCACGGCUACUUUAAGGAUUCAAGAGAUUUACCUUUUGCUGUAUCAUGAUAGAUUUAAGUUAUUAAAUCCUGCAUCUAUUCUAUGUUGGUGCUGUACAGAGUUACAAGAGCUAAAAAAGACAUUAGUGAUUUCCACUAUAAACCAGAGUGCAGCUGUAGGCCAGCUUAACAAAAAAAAGCAUCUUGGGUCGGAACCUCUCAGGGUGUCAUGAAAUAAUUUUUGGGGUAUUGUGAGAUGGUUUACACAAAAUAUGUUAUUACUAUAGAAAUUCAUUAACAUGUUUAUUUUUGUACUCUGUUUAUUGCUUUUUUCUGCUGUAUUAUAAAUACGUUGUUGCUAAUAGAUAGGAAAGGAAGUGGACAAAGUAAAGUAGUAGCUGAGUUAAAACCAAGUGAGUUAUGUUUUUGCAGUAAAAUAAAAUAAAGAGUGCAGUAAACAGUUCUGUAAAUAGCUCUCCUACUCUUGUGAUCAAAAGCAUUACUCUGAAGCUCAAUUCUGAGGUUGUUUUGUAAACUGUUUUCUAAUAAAUAUAGUAAUUUAAAUUUUAGGCUUAAAUGAUCAGCUUCAGACUAACCACGCCCACUUCAGGUGUAGGUACCACCCACAACUGGUUUAAGCCCCGCCCACUCUGAGAGCAGAUACGAAUAUAGAUAAUUUAGUUGGUUAAACAGAUGCAAUCAAUAGAGUACUCACUCAUCCCUACUAGCUAACCAGUGACUUGACAUUUUGAUAUAACAUGGAAGAAAAGUACACCUGUGCUAAUGUUAGCAAGCAAAGCUACUAGCUUCUGCUUUCCGAGUGGAAUACACACUAAAGAUUACAAUGGGUCCUCCAUAAAUCGCUAAUGGUUGAUAGCUAACGCUACGUCGACUUUCGAACCAUGGAAGUCGGCAGGGUGUGUCAGAUGUCUGUCAACUGAUGUUGGAAACGCCCACUCGGAGGUUUGAUCCUGUUUCAACAAGAAUGUCAGAGAAAAGUGAAGGCUGCAUCCAUCCUCAGUGACACGGAUGAUUUAUUUUUAGGAUACACAUUGUUAAACACUGUGUACGGAUUUAAAAACAGCAUGACAGAGUUUCCUCAUGAAUGUUUUAUUUUCCCUGCAAUCUGCCCCCCCUCCCGUGGCGUCUGUAGUUUCCUCUUUGAAUCCUCUCUAAUUAUUUAAUAAGUCACUUAAAGUCAUUUUGAGCCCCUGAGGUAAUUAUGUGCAGAUACUACUUUUCAUUACCAAUACUGAUUUAAUACUUUGAGUUAUCAAUGUCAGAAUAGAUGUUUGAUUUGAUUAACAUAUUUAGCAUUUAGGGGAGGCCUUCUGUUCCAUUACUGUGAGCACACUGUAUAGGCGAUAAGUUUUUAUAUUUAAUUUAUAUGUCACAUCCUUGUAGGUGUGUAAUAGCAGAAAAUAAAGUUGCUUUAGUGGGACUGCGAGUAAAAUUCAAUGAUGCUGGAAUUCUUUUACAGUAUACUGUGUAGAGAAGUAGCAGAGAUGUGUGACAUACGUCAAAUGUGGGAUUAGAGUUUAGUUUGAAUAUCGAUUGACUUCUGUCUGCCUAAACUUCAAUGCAGAUCAUUACUUUUUUUAUCCGCUCACAUCUCCGUCAUCACAGUGCAGUAACUAAAUGUGAAAAACCUACGUUAAUUAGUCUGUAGGUUGAAUUAAAGAAUGCUUUAUUUUGUUUCACCGUCGGUUGCUAAAGCUGCAGAACAUGUCUUGAAGGUCACAAGUUUGAUUCCCCCAUUUGCUCGGUAUGAGACUCCCUAAUAAUGUGUAAAUGUCAAUAACACCUGACACUUUUAAUUGGGGGUAACUUGACCUUUGACCACUGACCCUGUUCCUCCUUUGCUGUUUCUAUCCUGUAAUGCCAUGAUAACGUGCCUUUUACACUGGCUAACUAGAAAUACUGGACUUGUGCUUUAUGUCAGUUUUACACAUGCUUAACCAAAAUGCUGACAGGAAAAACCCUCCCUGAAACCAUUUCCAUGUGCCUGCUGGGAUCGGGGCCAUCGACAGCUCUCUCCCCAUGUUGAAACCCAGAAAAAAAGACCUUCAUUGAGGUGUUUCAUACUCCCAACUGUCCACAUGAACUCAGACGUGUACAGGUGUAGCUAGCUAAUAGUGAGCUAGCUAGCGAGCUAAGAAGCACUUACUUUUCACCUGCUCAGUGUGCCACUCUUUCUUUUCACCAGGUACACUGUCGUUGAUGACUUCUGUAAACCGUGGCAGGCUGCAUACCACAACUUCGCUGAUGGAAAGAAAGCUAUCGCACAUUUCUGACAGCUAAAAUAUCUUCCAUAUGUAACAUGAUAAAAAGCUUUUUAGCUGGCUUCUAGGUAGCGCUGUUGUAGUGCUCACUCAAUAGCUAGCGCAGACUUUUUGAUAGUCUGAGCUUGAAGAUAUUGUUGCGUGAAGACAUUUGAGACCUUUAGCAUUUCACUUUGGGAGGAGCUCGUCACUAACUCAGAUCAGCCUUUUUCCAGUCAGUACAGACAAUGUACACAAUACCUAAGGCUAGAAAUUGCUGCUUUUGGACGCGGUUGCCAUUGACUACCAAUGAUAAGUAAAUUAAAUUCAAAUUUUCUUCAUAUGUAGUUUUAUUGGCCCUCUUACCACAUGGCAUCACUGGUAACCGCCAACAACUCUUACAUGAAUUGUACAGUUUUAGUUGGUACAUUUGUCUGCUUCCACUGUGUAUUGCAUACAGCAAUGCUCUUUACAACAAUGAUGUGCUCUUCCACAGUUUUGAAAAGGGAUGAUUUGGUUUUUGAGGAAUACACAAACUCCAGGACACUUGUUUUGUGUCUCUGUGUGCAUAACUGAAGAGACGUUAAAUGGUAACAUUAGCAUAGCUCAGCUCAAUAACUGGAUGUUUGCAAUUGAGCUAAUCUAAGCCAAUCUCGACGUUCUAUGAUACCUUCAAAUGGCAGAUUCUAUCAGUAAGAGAAAAGUCUUUUUAAUACAACUAUCACUUGAAGGGAGUCCAAUUUGAGCAGAAACGGCACAAUGUUUCAGUCACAGCAGGAUAUGCUAAUGUCUGUGACAGGAGGGUUUUUCCUCCUACAACAUGUUUUUUCUGGUGUUUUUUUUAUUAUCCUCUGCGUCAGUUUUCAACUGCGUUUGUAAGAAUUUUGCUGUGUGUGUGUGUUUAGUUGAACAUUGCAUUGCGCAGGAUUUGUACGCUACAACGUUUGUUGCAGCUCCAGCAUACGUUUUUUUGUUCGAUUUAUUUAUUUUUGUUCUUUUAAUGAGUUCUAGACCACAGAAACCAUUCGUCUCCACUGUUUGAACUUUUUUUUUUUAUAUUUGGGAGACAUGGUAUUAACAGUGCGAUUACACAUAAUUACGAGUCUUCCUUCAAAAUAAAAACAAUAAAAAGGACUGGUGUGAGAUGAAA